CUGAGCUGCUGACAGGAGGCGGCGGCGGAGGAGGAGGCGAGGCAAGACCUGCGGCUCCGCGGGGCCACUGCCGCGGUAGCUCUAGGCAACCCCACGGAGCUACGCCGGCCACAGUCAGCCCGCGAGCCUCUCGCUGCCUGUCCAUCCUUCCAUCCGCUUAUCCGCCCGACUGGUCAGGGGCGGCCUAGUCUGCAUCAUCUGCCGGGCUUCUGGGGCCGCCGCCCCGCGCGGUCCCGUCGGCGUCCCUGGCCGCGCCCGGCCCCUGGCCCGCUCGCCCGCCGGCACCAUGAUGGAGGAGAUCGACCGGUUCCAGGUGCCCACCGCGCACUCGGAGAUGCAGCCGCUGCAGGACCCAGCCGCCACCUCUAUCUCAGACGGAGACUGUGACGCCCGGGAGGGUGAGUCAGUAGCCAUGAAUUACAAACCAUCCCCGCUCCAAGUGAAGCUGGAGAAGCAGCGGGAGCUGGCCCGGAAGGGUUCCCUGAAGAAUGGCAGCAUGGGCAGCCCUGUCAACCAGCAACCCAAGAAGAACAAUGUGAUGGCCCGGACGAGGCUGGUCGUCCCUAAUAAAGGCUACUCCUCGCUUGACCAGAGCCCUGAUGAGAAGCCACUGGUAGCUCUUGACACAGACAGCGAUGAUGACUUCGACAUGUCCAGAUACUCUUCCUCUGGCUACUCCUCUGCGGAGCAGAUCAACCAAGAUUUGAACAUCCAGCUACUGAAGGAUGGCUACCGGUUAGACGAGAUCCCCGACGACGAGGACCUAGAUCUCAUCCCCCCCAAGUCCGUGAACCCCACCUGCAUGUGCUGCCAGGCCACUUCCUCCACCGCCUGCCACAUUCAGUAGCGGGCGGGGUCGCCGCGGCGCACGGGGCGGGGCCGAGUCGGGCCAGGUGGGAAGCGACAGGGGCCGACCCCUACCUAGCUGACCCACCGGCCCCCCUUACAGCCCCAAGCUCCUUACAGCCGCCAACCUCGUAAAAGUCAUUGCUUCCUCCUAUGGUAGGACGUGUACCUCUGUGUGUUCAUGGAGCCGGAGAAACCAAAACCGGGUCUGUCUCCAGCCCCGGGGCUGAGGAGGGGGGACGCUGUUUGCUCAGUUACUUGGGAGAGACCACACCCAAGCACCCUGCCACCUCUCCCCAGAGCUGCAGUCGGGGGCGGCACUAAAGGCCAGGAGGCCAACUGUAAGCAGUCGGGUGAAGGGAUCACAAGGCCAGGGGUUUGGCCCCAUGCCAGCGAAGCCAUGAAUUUCCCAACCCCAGCCUGGAAAGGAAGGGAAGGGGUUGGAGAAGAAAAGGCCCCAAGCAAUGGGGACAAUUCUCAACACCUCAGAGCGCCUCUCCCCAAACCCGGUGCCAGCCUGUAUACCUAUUUGUGUUUCCCCGUCAUCUCCAGAUGGGACGCCAGGCAAAGCUGUCCAAGGGAUACUUGCGUUAGAUCACUGCCUUCUCCCUUCCCUCCGUCACAUUUCCCUGCUUCCUACUGUCUAAGGACUGGGAUUGUAAGGUGGGCCUUAGAGAAAGGCCAGGUUCGGGGAUGGUAUGACCUGUUCUCAAGCGCCGCUAAGCAAUGCAUCUGUCUCUCUGCCCGUCUUUCCCCCUCCCCCAGUCUUCUGGUUAUUGGUUCCAGGCUGGAAGUAGGAGAUAAGGCUGGCUUCCAGUGCCCUGUCCCCAUUUCACCUUAGCCCAAGGUCCAAGAGGCUGUCUUCCAGAAAGGCUCUUCAAGAGCAAGCUUAGGAGAAUACAAUGCACCAAGUGGCUGUAUGUAUGUGGUAGUGUGUAUGUGUGUGUAUGUAUGUAUGUGUGUACGUAUGUGUGUCUAUAUGUUGGAUGAACCUGUCUGUCCAGGUCAACCUAGCUGGUGUCUGUAGUGGGGAAAUGGCUAAGGUCUGUUUACUGUGUGAAAGGCAGCUCUGUUCGGGAAUACUGUGGGCUGAGGGCAUAGCCUGGCAGUCAGAAGCCUGGGUUCUGGUCCCUCUCCCUGAGCUCUUAAGCAAUUCCCAGGCUUCUCUAGGGCUUCAGUUCUCUCAACUGAAAAAUAAAAAUAGCUGACAUUAGUGACAGAGUCUUUUCAUAUAUGAAGAAAUUUCUGCAGAGAGCCAUGAGAUCUGCCUUUGAGGAUGUGUGCCUGUGUAGACUUGGGAGCACAUGCGAAUGUGUGUGUGUGUGUGUGUAUAGCUGUACAGGGUGUAACUCGGUGAGGAGGAGAUGGCAGCUGUCCGCUGGCUGGGCGGUAUAGACCCGCCCUCGUGUGAAGACAACUGGAAACACAGACAGCCUCAGACUGCUAGGUCUAUGCCCCACCAGCCUCCUCUCACCUAGCCAAAGCGGCCAAAGUGUAGCUUCUCCAGGCCUCCUGCUGACACCCCAGACGGCUGGUGUUUCCGCUGUCAUGGCUGCUACACACACACCACGCUCUGGGUGCCAGUCCUGGGAGGUGGGAGCUAGAGUGGACAUGGUGAGAGGGAGGAGUGGGGCUGUUGGCUUAGGAAGGAGAGCACCUCUCCUAUGCCACGCGAGGGCUGCCACUCCAAAGUAUCAGAGUGUAGCUCUCCCCUCUGCAUACCUCCAGCCCAGCUUACCUCCCCUAGUACAGAGAUCCUAACUAGAUAAUGAGAAAAUGCCAAAGGAGGCAAGUCAGAGAGAGUAUGUGCCCCUCCCCCGCCCUGGUUAGCAUCCCCACCACCCAUCCUCUGGGCCCCAGAACUAGAACUCUUGCGACCCCACCCCACUGGGCUCUUUGGCUCGCCUUCUAGAACAUGGGUACCUCCUCUUUUAGACUGCUGACUCUGCUGCUGACUAACUGUGGGAUUCUGGCCCAUUCGAUGUCUGUGGCCCUGAGAGCCGGGGAAGUGCCCUCCCCACGGGACAGACUUGUUCAUCAGCAGGAAAGGGCUUAGACUGAGGUGGUUCGUACACAGCGGGUAGUGACGGGAAGCUGGCAGCCAGCAGCUUCUGUGUCCAAGGAGAGUCCAAGGUGCCCUCCCUCCCUGUCUGGAAGUUGAAGGGGAAGAGCCAGGGCCUUAGCUUGCCCCUGCUCCCCCCACCCCUUGUAGAUACUGCCUUAACACUCCCCCACCCUCGGCUGUGGCUGCCACCCAGCCAGGUUUCUCCGAGCUCACUAAUUUAUUUCCAAGAAGGUGUGUGGAAGACAUGAGCCGUGUAUAAUAUUUUUUUUAACAUUUCCAUCGCAGUAUUGACCAUCAUCCUUGGUUGUGUAUCGUGUAACACAAAUAAUGAUAUUAAAAGCAUCAAACAAGCCA